UGGCUUUAGGUCAACUGGGAGGUGGCUUUGUUCUUGAAGACUAUAAAAGGCAGGCUCGAGGAGUCCACAUCUUCUCUGUACCUUUCUUCUUACAAGUUGGAUUAAAGGUCUGUUGUUCUCUUUUCAUCAUGAAGCUUUAUGGAGUUCUGCUUCUGUUGGUGACUCUGUCUGCAGCAUAUGGAUUGAAAUGCUACUACUGCGUAACCUCCGACCCCAAAGCCUGCACCUCGAUCGGAACUUGUGCUCCUGGCGAAGACCGCUGUGCCACACUCGAGAUGAAUGGUGUCACUAUCAAGGGCUGCCAAAGUAGUGACAGUUGUAGCAGCCCUAUAAAAUGCUGUCAAGGGGAUUUGUGUAACGGUGUUAUACCCACUUAAUCCAGUGUUCUCGUCCUGCUGGUAUCCUCCAUCAUCGCAGUCUUUCUCUGAGAUUCUUUCUCAGGAACACAUUCUCAAUGUGAAAACUGCAGAUCAAGAA